AUGGCGCUUCCAGCGAUCUCGUGGCCGCUCAUCUCCCUCCUCCUCGCCGUGACGCCAGCCCAUAGCACCUGUGAGGAGAGCGUGCGCAUCGCGGGCGCAGGCGGCUUGCUGCAAUGCUACCCGGCGCCGGCGCUCAGCAACGCCACGAACGGCACGGCGUUUCGUGCCACCCUGCUCCCGCUCCUCCGCUCUCUCCCCUCCGCCGCCGCGCCCACGGGCUUCGCCUCCCUACGGUCCGUCACUCGCGGGGAGCGCGCGUUCGCGCGGGGGCUCUGCCUCGGCAACUCCACGGUGCCGUCCGAGUGCGCCCGGUGCCUGUCCGCCGCGGCUGGGAACCUCACCGCCGGCUGCGGCUCCACCAGCCGGCGCGCCGGCUUCUGGAGCGACCGGUGCUUCCUCGCCUACGCCGACACCAACACAUCCUCGCCUAGCGAGGACGCCUUCCGCGCUCUCGUCCUCCUCGACGCCGUCCCUGCCUCUAAGGUCAACACCAAAUCCUUCUACUACGUCCACCUGCACGAUGAGCUGGUCGCCAUGGCGCAGCAGGUGGCGCGGCGCGCGGCCGCGAACAUCUCCGGGCCGCGGAUGCUGGCCACAGCGGAGGAGAGCAACUCCGAGAGCGCGGUGAGCAGAACAGUGCACGUUCUGGCGCAGUGCGGGAGGGACCUUACGGUGGCGUGGCGGCCGCGGUGGUGGGCUUCAACUGCUACAUGCGGUUUGAGGUCUCCACUGCAGCGUGUGGCGACACUAUCUGGGGCGCUGUAGCACCGGUGCUACUCGUGCUAUGUAUGUUGGCAGGAGGCGCAUGUGGGUGUAUGUGUGCUUUACCCUGAUGAAGUGGAGAAAGAAGGAUGAAGCAACCACAUGUGCGUUAUUUAUCGUCCACUGAUUGUCUAAUCUGAAAAUUCGUUACAACAUAAUCAGAGAUCAGAAACGCAAUAAAACCUUAUGUUCCAAUUAA